AUGACUAUUCUGGAAGAAUCGCAUCAGUAUGUUCACUGUUUGGUCAAAAUGGCUGGUCAGAGGCAAACUUUUUAUGUUACUUUUGUCUAUGGUUACAACGUGAUGGAGGGGAGGAGGAGUUUAUGGCAAGGGCUACACAUAAUUUCUCUUUCUAUUAGAGCUUGGAUUGUGUUAGGGGACUUCAAUGCUCCUUUCUCUGGUUUAGACAGAUCAGGAGGGAAACCAGUUUCUGGUUUAGAGUUGGCAGAUCCUCUUCGAUGGCUAGCUGAUACUCAAGUUAAGUCUCUUAUAAGUAUUGGUUCCUAUUUUACUUGGACAAACAACCAAGAAGGGUCAGCUAGGAUUUACUCUAAAAUUGACCAUGUUUUCAUGAAUGAGGAGUGGCUUGAUCUCUUUCCUUAUUCAAUGGUUGUGUUUAGAUGGGAAGUAGUUUCGGAUCAUUGCUCGUGUGUUGUCACUAAUUUUCCUAUGGAGAAGGUGGGAAUCAAGCUGUUUAGAUUUUAUAAUUUUUGGACUGCCCACCCGGAUUUCAAAGAUGUAGUUAUGAGUAGUUGGAGGGCCCCUGUUAAGGCAACUGGGUUGAGAGCGAUUUACUUAAAGACAAUGAGGCUGAAGCAUAGACUAAAGAAAUUAAAUAGAGAUGACAUUGGUGACAUAGGUCUGAACUACCACUCGGCUAAGGAGGCUUAUCAGGAAGCUCAAUCUCAUCCUCAAGAUUACAGCUUGCAAGAGGCAGUUAAAGUGACUGCUGGAAAGUUCACUAUUUAG